AUGAAAGAUUAUUUACUUAGCGAUGAUGAAGAAGAUGAUAAUCCUUAAAUUAAUGCAUAGUAAAAUACCAGAUAAGAUAAAUUCUACUUCCAUACUUAACCAAUUAGAGAAAUCUAAUAGUCAGCUUAAUUUAAUUCUGAGUUUGUUGUUGAGCCUGAACAGUAAACUUAUGCAAUUGCAUCACAAAAUAAUAUAAUUUCAUCAUACUACUUAAAAGAAUAAUCUACAUAGCAAGAAAACGGAGAUGGAAUUGAUACAAAAAAUGCUCUUUCAAAUCGAUAAUCUAAUAAUCCUCAAUCUACUGAUCCUCAAUCAUUAUCUCAAUUUGAUUUUAAUAUGAAUAGUAAUAGUAAUAGCAAUAAUAAUAAUAAUAAUAUUGCUUAAUUAAAUGAAAAUUAAAAUAUUUAACAAGCAAAUAAAAACAGAGACUAAGGGCUAAUUUAAACAGAAAAAGAUAGCUUGUCUGUGAAAACUAGCAGUUCUAAUAAGAGUAAACUACUUUAAUAAGGAGUUAUAUAAUAGUAAGUGAAUUAAAAUUAAUAACCUAUUUAGCAGUUUUAAAAUAUAAAAGGAAAAAGAGAGUCUUUUUUGCUUCCUUCAUCUUAGUUUGAGUUUUAAAGUAAUAUUAAAAAUGGAGGUAUCAGCCAACAUCUUUUGAAUAAUUAGAAUGAUAAUGUAGUAAAUAAUUCUUAUUUAUCUAAUUGUCUGAAAGAAGAAGAAAUAUUAAACUAAAAUGGAGAAAAUAUUGCAACAAAUAAUGGUUUCUUUUCAAGAAAAGUAUCUGACAACCUUUUAGAUGACCUUGAUCAGAUAGAUUAAUCAUCAAAAAGAGAUUAGGAUGAAAAUGAAAAUUAAAAAAAAAUGGAUACUUUCGAUUAAGAGUCUUAAGUUUCUAAAGCUAGCUCUAACAUACACUCACGCAAAUCUUCAGAAAAUACAAGCUAAAAUAUAGAGGAUUUAAGCAAAAGCUUAGACUAUUUAAGUCAAAUAAAAAUAACAGCAAUUUAAGAAAAUAAGCAAAAAAAGUUCAGCUAAGACAGCUAAAAUAAUGUUAGAUCUAGAGAAUUUUCUUUUAAAUAAGAUUUAGUGGAUUAAAAAAAAGAUGGUGCAAAAACUAUUAAAGAAAUUGAGGAGCUCAUUAAUAAAGAGCUUGGAAGCUUAAGUUAGUAAUUAGGUUAACUAUAGAAUUAGUCUGAUAACAAUCAAAGCGAACAAGAAAUACAACAUCCACCUCGUUCUUCUAUAUUAAGCUAAAUUGCUAGAAGAUCUCGCGUUAGAGGAUCAAAUAUUUAAAGUGAAUAUUCUGUUUAUGAAGUAUAAAGUAGCAGGGUUGAAGAAAACAUAAACAAUUCUCAGUAUAUUGAGAGCGAAAAUUACAGUUCUUUUGAUUCAGAUGAUUAAAUGAAUGGAGAAAAUAAUAAUAAUUUAAAAAGAGGUGCAAUGGAAAAAUAUACAGCUAAUGGGAAUCUUUAUAUGAAUGAAGAUAUCAUUUUAGAUGAAAAUGAAAGCGAUGAAUAAGAUAUGACUGAUUCUUUUGAUAACAAAUAUAUCUAUACAAGAAAUAGAAGCAAUGUUUACUUUGAAAAUAAAAUAUUGAGAAGCAGAAAUAGCCAUCUUGAUAAAAUUCAUAAGUUUUAAAAUAAGAAUGGAUAGUUAGGUAGAAAGAUCUCUUAAAUUCAAGAUGAUUUAUUUUAAAACGAAUAAAAUUAAAAUUCUUAAAGCAAUUCUAACAUAGGAGAAAGCUAAAGCAAUAUUUUUAAUAAAGAAGAAUAAGAGAGUCAUAGAGACUAUUAAAGUGAAUUGGAAAUGUAAGUAAAAAUUUCACAAGAAGAAAUAGAUUAAAUUAAAUAGGAAGUUAUUUAAGAUAUUGAAAAGCUAAGAGUGAAUUUAGAUAAAACUUUAAUUGGAAAUGGUCUGGGUAAAAACUUCAAAAAAUACUCAUUUCCUUUAGUUUUUAAAAAUAAAGAUAACAACUUAAAAAAAAGACUUCAAGAGAAGUAUAAACUUAUUUAAAAUUUUUAGUAUCUUCUUAAUUUAGAUUCAAACAUUUUUGCAACUGAUUAAUAGCUUUAUGAUUAAUCAAGCAAAUUUAUAUAUACAAAUAAUUUGGAAUAUCUAAAAAUGAUGAAUAAACUACCUGAAAACACAGAAGAAUUAGUAAAGAAAAAGAAAAAGAGUAUAGAAGAGAUAUAACUAAAAUAUCAAACGAGGAAACCCUCCUAUUUAUAACAAUUAGAGUAGUUAAAAAAAUCUAAUGAAAAAAAAGAAAAUAUAUUCUAGAAUGAUUCAGAAUCAAACAACAAUAACGAUGUGUUCUCUUUAAAAAAGUAUCUUAAAUAAAAUGGAGAAUCUCUUAAAAAGAACAGCUAAUAGCCUCUCUACAAUAAUUUAAGGCAAAGAAAGAGUGUUGAAUAAAUUGCAUAUAAUUCUAUAGAAGAUGAGAUAGAAGAAGAUGAUAAGCAUUUUUAUGAUUAAAAAGAUUAGAGAGGGUUCAGUCUUUAGAUGUAUGCCAUUAACAAGCAUAAUUAUUAUUUGUAGUUUAAAGAAUAAGCUACUGAUUCUAUAUUAUAAAGUAUGUUCCAAACUAUGGAAACAUUUAGUUAAAUGCUAAAAGAAGAAGAUUAAAUGCUAAAUAAAAAAAUUAAUAGAAAUGAAAAUAAUAUAAUUAACAAUAAUGAAAAUGAAAAUAAAUUAAGAUAAUACAGUUUACUGUAGGAUAUUAACUCAACGUUAAAUAUAUAAUCAAAUAUUUCAUCUCCAAAAAAAAUUGAAAAUUCUGUCAAUUAAACUUAGGUAUUUAGCAGAAUGUUUUGA